AUGAUGAUUACAUUAUCUGGUAAAUUUUAUUAAUGUUACUUACAAAGUGUAUAAAUUAAUGAUAUUGUUGAAUUGACCUGUGAGUGUAAUAAGUUUGGUGAUAUAUUUUUAAUAACUUCCUCUAACAUUACCUCUUUGGUUGAAAACUCUACUAACUAAUAAAUCAUUAAUGAAGAUAUUGAUUCAACAUUUUAGGAUUAUUUGAUUUUGAUGAUUUGUACAUGUUCCUUGACAUUUGUUUUUUUGACCAUAUAUAUCACCUAUCUUAUUAGAGAUUAAACAGAAGAAGAAAAAUUAGAUAGCGAACCAAGUAGUUAAAAUUAGGAUAAAAGUUCUUUAACGUAUUUAGGGAAUUCAAAGGUUUUCAAAUAAUAAUUUAAAGUAAUAUUGAAUAUAAUUAUUAGUUAAUCCACUAAAGCAUAUCUAUAUUUUAUUAUAAAGACAAAAACAUUCAACUUAGUUUUAGGAUUUUAGAAGUGUUUUCUUAAUUCAAUGUAUAAUUAAGUUUAACAAUUCUUGAAUGUUUUUUAUUAAACAAUUAAAUUCUUUUUAUUUGCAUAUUUAUAUUUGCAAAUCCUUUUAUCACUUUGAUUUUGAAAAUAUUAUACAAGAUAAUUGAAGCAAUAUAUAGAUUCAAAAGAAUUGCUAGUUUUAUUAGUUAGUUUCUUCUUAUUAUCCUAUUGAUAACACCAAAUCUUAUAUUGUUUAUUUUUUACAUAUUCAAGUAUUUUAUUAUCUUAUUUUAGAAUUUAAAUGUAAUCCGAAUAUUAUUUAAUUAUUAUAAUCCUUGGAGGGAAUAUACUUUUAUCAUAAGCACUUUUAGAACCCAUUACAAUAUAUAUCAGAAUAUUAUUAUAUAGAUUAAUAGCCUCCAGUAUUAAAAAUAUGGAACUUAAUCCUGUAUUUCAUUUGAUACAUUUUUUUGUAAUGCAUAGCAGUUUAGAAGAUAUAUUUGAUGAGUUCACGAGAAUAUGA